AUGGCGCCAGUUGCUCACUCUUUUAUACCAUCUCAAGGCACGAGUCCUUAUUGGAUUAACAUUUGUUUAAGCAGUUUGUGUAGUGGCUUGGAGCUGCUGCAUUUACUAGAGGGAGGAAGUAGGCAAACUGACUGUUUUCAAGAAAGAGACGCAACCACACAGUCCCUCUUCAACAGCGUGAAGAUGUUUAAAGUUGUUUCCUUUGUCUUUUUGUUGGUUUAUACCACCCCCAGCGUUGAAUGGCCUAUGCACCUCCUCUGCAAGACUGAUCGGCUGGAGGUAAACUACAGAAGCUGUGAUCCACUACAAGAUUUGGCUUUUAGCAUUGACACCUGCUCCAGUGAAGUGCCCGAAACUCUUAACAUCAGAAUAGCAACCAUUUUAAGGUACAGCAUCAGGAAACUGUCUGUGGAAGUAACUCUUGGCCUAAAUGGGGGGAACUUUCCAUUUUUCUCCAAGGAACUUUGCGGAGAAGAUCACCCAGAGUUUCGUUACUGCGGAAAGAAGAAAGGAGAACUAAUCUACUAUGAAGGGCCUGUCUCGGUGGGAUUCCAUGAGCUCCCUCAGGGAGACUUUGAUGUGAAGGUGGAGCUUUUAAAUCAAGACCAUCGCACUAUUAUUUGUGGUAAUUUCACUGUUAAGAGUCACUGAAAGGGUGUUGCUAUAUUUUUGAUGCAGUCAUUAAGGGACAUGACUAAAGGCACCAUGAAUUAGAGAGGGGAUUUGUUUUGCUUUUGGAAACCCUACUGUCUGCAGUCUGGCAGAUGUGGCGUGGCAAAAUAAUGUAACACAAAGGUUUAGUUGCAAUUGCUGUUUACAUUCUGUUGACCUAAAGAAAGUGCAAGAUCCCUGUGCGCCAAUUUGUCCCGCCAAGGUUCAACGCAAUAUAUUCAGCUUUCCUUCCUAUAACACUCUGCUUCCUUUCAUUACAUGUAUUGUUUAAACUCAAGAGUAUGAAUCGAAGGAUAAGUACAUUGAGGUUCUCUCAGUUACUCAUUCUUCCAGUCUGAAAUUCAGUUCCCCACAUUUCUGCAGCUUUUUGCAAAAUCCUAUUUUUUUAAAAAAAAAUCAUGAAAUUUCUUCAGCAUUUUGCGCAACUUUUUCCUAAUAAACAUAUUUUAUACGCAGUUUUGAUUUGUAUACGCUUAUGUGCAACCAAUUUCUCAUCAUAUAAUGUAUUUUAGUAUGUUAUUUUCUUGAAUAUAUUCAUUUUUAUGCAAUUUCCCCUCAAUAUAUGCAUUUUUGGAAACAUUGUUUACAGUAGUUGGAAAACUGUAUCACAAAAUCUGCUGUCUCAGGGAAACUGGUGGAAAGUAUUAUUAAAGAUAAAGUAAAGCAUAUGGAAGAGCAAGUCUUGCUGAAGAGCCAGCAUGGCUUUUGCGAGAGCAAGUCCUUCAUGAACCAUUAGAGUUCUUUGAGAGUGCCAGCAAGCAUACAGGAAGAGGUGAUUUGCAUGACAUAGUAUACUUGGACUUUCAUCAAGCUUCCAGCAAGCCUCCGUGGUUUCCCACAUUCAGUUAAAGCCCAGAACAUGAUGUCAUGAGGUAACAGCCAGGGGCUGGCUGGUGACCCACAUGUUCCACCCUGAGUGCUGUUGGUGGGGAGGAAGGCAAGGCGUAAUGUAAAAAAAUGGAACCUAGAAGUAAGUCCAGAUGAGGCAAAAUCAGAGCAGGAGAUAGGAGUUACAACCAUUUGCAGAGGAGAUCAACAAGCGCAAAUGAAGCUAAGCACCUGCCGAUUCUCCCUUUGCAAGGCACCCUGUCCCUGCCUCACCUUUGUUUCGGCAAUCGUGGGUGUGUGAACACAUGCCUACCAAGGUAGCAUGAAGUCCUGUCCUAAUUUAGAACUGACUGCAUCUGGCUGCCUGAAAUAGCUUUGCAGAGCCAAACACAGCUAUGCUUAGCAACCUCACAGAUCCCGAUUAUAACCUGAGCGAAAAGAACACCCUAUGGUGACACACAGCUCCAGGGAGGAGGUGGAAGAUGCUUUUAGAGAAGCAAGGAAGCCCACCAUCUUCCUGAAUAUCAAGAGAGGCAGAGGCUCAAAAGCUUUCUCGGUGUGUUGGAAAGAACUUUGAAGUUUGCGCCCCGCCCCCCCAAAGAGUAAGGAUUGACUGUCUUCAAAAGGAGCGCUGGAGGAGGGGGUUGCGCAGCAUGCAGUGAUUUUAUUUUUAACACCUUUGUGUUAUCACUUUAUCAAUGAAUUUUGAAGCAAUGUCUCUAAGGCUGUUGCUCUCCACCUCUUUUGCACAUUUGGAGACCUAGUGCUGGCAGCUCUCACAGCCAACUCUUAUGAGUAUAAAUACUUAACAGGUUUUGCUAGGGUUUGACCAUUUUCCUUGUCCCACCUUUUGGGGGGGAAUACGUUGCAUUAUGCAUAUAUUACCAGACUUGCAUGGUCACAUAAACAUCAUCAUGACAUGCAUUGUUCUUAUUUAUUUGAUAUGAUUUCUGUACCCACUUUCACCAGAGGAUCACAGGGCAGUUUGCAAGAUAAAAAUUACCAUCAUGGAAAUUUAUGUGUAGAUUACAGAACGAUGUGUUCGCGGCCUGUAGUUUGUGGUAUGGUUAUGUACUAUUUUUGUGUAUGAUCCCUGGACCUUUUUUGGAGGGGGGGAAAGAAGAUGCUAAGUAGGCAGCUUGAACAGAACUGGGUGCUCAUUGUAAGAAGGGAUAGCAUAGGAGACAAAUCUCAAACACAGUGGAACUCAAAUUCUUACUGAGAUUCAUUUGUACCUCAUUAUUGGCCCAUCCAUACUUCACACAAAUGGCACCUCAGUACACAAUCACAUUCCUGAAUCUCUUGCUUAUGCUUAGAAGCUAGCGGCAAGUGCAAAGCAGCCCUACGCUGCAAACAUUUCAAGCUACCUAGAUACAGCCGUUGCACAGAGACCAGAUCAGAUACAGUGUCAAACUAUGGUUUGUUGCUGUGCGAUUCAGCCCUGUGUUCAACAGUACUUCAAUUUAUCUCAUACACUUUUGAUUUAGCAGUGCAAGAGGGCCCCUCCAAACAAGAAUCGUGCAUUGCAGGACAACCAAUAAAAUAGAUUAACACCACCACAAAUGCACUACUAUUGCAUCAAUGACAUUUUACAGAAUACACCUGCAAAGAAGGAGGGGGAGAAAAUGCUGCUCUGCAUUGGCUCUUGCUUAAACAGCAAUCCUUAAAACCAACUAGCAGGUGGCAGUGUUAACCUGUCACACGGCCUUGAGGCAGCCAUAAUCUUUUGGCGGGAAGCCAGGUUCUAACUGACCAGAAAGCCAUUGAAAUGGCUACUUAAGCUUGUUGUUGCUGUUGUUGUUGUUGUUGUUAAAUGACAGAAAUGGGAAUUUUUGAAACAUGCAGCAGCAUUAUGGCUGUGCUAUAAUCUGCCGUGUUUUUUAAAGCACACACCUUCCAGGCUUCUUGACAGUCAUUGGUAAACUACCUAAAAUCCUAGUUACUGAAUGGAAACAGAAGUUCAGACAGGGCUUUUCCCUCACGUGCCUAAACUGCUAAAUUUGGAGGAUUCUGGGCACUGUAGAUUACCGCUCAUAGAAUUACAAGUCCCAGUAAACCGUCACAAUUUACAGUGCUCAGAGGAAUGGGGAAAUGUGCUUUGAAUUUGCUUUAAAAGCAUAGUGUUUAUGUAUGUCACCAUCAAUUUAGCAGUAGCAUUUCUCACAACUUGCAUAGGUUUGUGUGAGCAGGCCCUGCCCUCUGUCGGGAGCAUGCAUGGGUUUUGAUAGCCCAGAAACAACUGUUAAUGUAGAAGCCAAAAUUCUCAGAAUUUUUGGAACGGCAGGCUUUCAGAGAAAAACUUGCAAAUCAUUCUGUGAUAAAAUUGAGGUCGUAACAAGUUGAAGUGCAUCAAACUCUUGGGGCCCCGUUUGCCAAUUUGGUAUGUGUGUGUGUGUGCGUGCGCGCGCACGCACGUGAGUUUUCCGGUGGGGAUGCUGGAAGAAUCAUAUUCCACUGUUAUAUUAUUUUGUAAAUUGCUUUGGGUUACUUUUUGUAAGAGGAAAGCGACCAGUCAGUGCAACCGAUAAAUAAAAAUAACAACAGCAUCCUUCCAUGCAAACAUAAGAACAGCUAUUUGGGAACUGUGUUUGGACAGUAAUAUGCCAACAACAUCACCAAAUCUUGGCCAAAGGCAGCAAAAUAGCCAUUUAGCUCCGUCCAAGCCACUAGCAAACUGCCAAGUGAUUUGCUACUCCAGCUAAUCUGAAUCGCUGGUGGGCAUCUGAAUGCUUUCUCCUCUUAAUUAUAGCCUUUGUGUUACAGUGAUUUAGACUGCUCUUGCCUUUUGUUUGCGAUGAGGGCUGGGCGUGCAUAAUAGCAGGUAACACAGUACGGCUACAGGAGGGGAGGGCAGGCCAUGCCAGCAUGUGCAAGAGCGAGCUAAAAAAACAAACCAGUUCAUCUGGAAACGAACAGCACAGCAGCAAAGGAGUGUUACUCAUCGUCCAUCAUCUCCCCUCCAUACUCAUGCAAGGACAAGAGGCAGGA